AUUCGAGCAAAGAGUGUCAUUCUAAGCCUUUUAAUAUUUUUACAAAUUUAAAAUUUCUUAUUAACGUCAUGGCGUACAAAGUUGAGAAAAAGUCUGUUCCCGGCUAUAUGAUGUAUAUCAAUGGUGGUCUGGCCGGGAUGAUGGGCACCUGCAUUGUGCAGCCGUUGGAUUUGGUGAAGACUCGGAUGCAGAUAUCUGCGACCACGAGAGAGUACAAGAGUUCCCUUGACUGUCUGAUGAAAACAUUCAAGAACGAGGGUUUCGUGGCCCUAUACAAUGGCUUGAGUGCAGGGCUGGUGAGACAGGCCACCUAUACGACGGCUCGCAUGGGGUUCUACCAAAUGGAGAACGAGGCGUAUCGCAAAAGGUUCAAUGCACCGCCCACUGUUUUGGCCAGUAUGGGCAUGGGCGUCCUGGCGGGAGCCUUCGGAGGAAUGAUUGGCAAUCCGGCGGAGUUGGCUCUGAUCCGGAUGAUGUCCGAUAACCGCUUGCCGCCGGCGGAGAGGCGAAACUACAAGAACGUGGUCGACGCCUUCGUGAGGAUCGUAAAGGAGGAGGGCGUGACCAGCCUCUGGAAGGGCUGUACGCCCACUGUGGGUCGAGCCAUGGUCGUGAACAUGGUGCAGCUGGCCUCGUACUCCCAGCUGAAGGGUAUCUUUGCCCAGUAUGUCUCUGGCCUUCCGCUCCACAUCAGCGCAGCCAUGAUGUCCGGUUUGCUGACCACCAUUGCCUCGAUGCCGCUGGACAUGGCCAAAACGCGCAUUCAACAGCAGAAAAGCGGCGAGUACAAGGGCACCAUAGAUGUCCUAUUGAGGGUCUCUAGGAACGAGGGUUUCUUUUCCUUAUGGAAGGGUUUCACCCCAUACCUGUGCCGAAUUGGGCCGCACACCGUGUUCGCGUUCAUAUUCCUCGAACAGCUCACCAAGGCCUAUAAGCGAUUUGUGCUCGGUGACGAGUCGGAAUCGAAUAUUUGAGUUUGUUUCAUACUUUACUCAAAAUUUGCAGUCACCGCUUAUUCAUAACGUUUUUCAUCUAAACUCAAGGCAAGACAAGAGUUAAAAAGUUAUAUAAAGACAAAUUUGGGUCUUCGAAUCAGUUGAUAUGCUAUUAUUUUAAAUUAUAGUUUGAACUGCGGCUUUUUGCCUUGUCGUGAAUAAAAAACUAGGAGCAAGCAGCACCUCUAAUUUACAAACAUUCAAAAAUUUACAUUUAAGCUAUUAACUUCUAAAAUAUUGAUUUGGUUUUAAAAAUGUUUGUAUGAAUCGAUAGA